UGAGUUAAGCAGAGACUUUCACUUUCAUGCUACUGAGAGCUGCUGUGUGCUGUGGUAAUAACUGUGGUAGUAAGCGUAGCUUUAGCACAGCUGAGAGCAAGUCUGGCUUGAGGAGGGGCUGUUUUUAAAAAGGGGGGUACAGAGCAUGUGGAGUGAAAGGAAAGGGAAAACGAAAGAAAAGGGGGAGUGAGGACAUUUAAAAGGCAUUUUGGAAAGUACCAGAGGGUCAGGAGGUGGCCAUUUGGACCGGGAGAGGGGAGAAAGUGGACCUACAGCAGGAACUCGCAGGAUAAUAACGUGGGGGGCUGAACGCCAGCAGUGCCACAGCACGGUGGGAGGCGGCAGAAAGAGAAACAUGGGGAAUAAUAUUACCCACAGGGGCCGGUAGAAGCAUGACACCCACAGUCUUACUGCUGCUGUCAAUGGUUUACACUGUUCGAGGGAGCGGCUGCAAUGAUUUGGCCAAAUCAACUGUCAACAAUCUUCAGACCGAAAUCCGUGAAAAGCAGACUGAAUUUUUGACGGUGUUUCCCAGAAACUACUUUGUGCCUCGAUUCAACGACAGCACGCAGUGUCAGGACCAGACUGCCUCGUGUUGUCUGUUCAGCGAGGUUGUGCUGCUGUCACAUUCCUGGGCACAACUCUUGAGGCACCUUCACAGAACUCAUUUAAUGUACAAGUUCAUCACCAACCUAAAGAUUGAACUGGAUGACAUUUCAAAAGAGGGUUUCCAGGACCCUCCGGAUCCCUCCGAUUUCCCAUCUGUUCUCUCCUCCCCUGAAACCCUGCUCAACUUCACUUCUUCACUCCUCUCCAAAUGGCUGGAAUUGAACUGCCCUUCUGGAGAAAAGGCUUGCAUCUUCCCGGACCCCUUCACUUCUGAGGAAGACGAGGAGGAGGAGGAGGAGGUGACUGUGGAAAUUCCUGUGGAGAUUGAGGGGGGGGGAGUGGGGAUUGGGGAUGGAGAGGCAGGACCGAAGGUAGAAGGGAAUGUUGGAAGUGAAUGUGGUGAGAAAGAAGGAUUGAGAGAAAGAAGAUGGAUCACCUCCAUCCCGACUAACGGGGACUCGGGGCUGUCGACCUCUCCAGGCCUCGUCCUGUGUGCUCUCUAUUUCCUCUGUGGAUGGUAGUGGAUGUUGUUGUUGGACGGAGGACAGAGGAUCAGGAGUUUCGCUCUGAAUGUAACGCUGAGUAACCCGGGCUGACGGGCGGAGGCUCUCGGUUAACGCAGCAUGUUCGCUACAGCAGGCGGUCUGGGCCGAGCUUGUAGGUAAUGAAGGAGCUGUGCUCAGUGCUGGCUGGAUGUUCCUGUUUUUGUUUUGUUUUUUU